CACACACAAACACUCGCGAGCACGCGCACCGGAGCAGACGUGCGCGCGCUGCUGUGUCGUAGAGCAGGAAGGAGAGGAGAAAGCAGCCGCAGCCGCAGCAGCUGUUUGAUGGACGCGCGAGAAGAAGAGAGCCGUUCAGCGCGUGUUUACCGAGCAGUGUGCGCGCGUGUCUGCAGCCCACAGAGCGUGUUCGUGGAGGGCGAGGAAGCGGAGAACAGGCUGGGAUUAAUCCGCGGAGACUCCCCGUCCGUCCUCGCUGGCCAUCCGUUACGCUCAGCAGGGCUGCGUGUGAGCGCGUGAGUGGGAGACAGAGGGAGAGGAAGGGAGAGUGUGUGUGUGAGUGUGUGUGUGAAGGGCCGUGCAUGCUGAUAUCGUGUGCGUGAGUGUGUGAGUGUGUGUGAGGAUGGGCUGCACGCUGAGCACGGAGGAUAAAGCGGCGGUGGAGCGCAGCAAGAUGAUCGACCGCAACCUGCGGGACGAUGGAGAAAAGGCGGCGCGCGAGGUGAAGCUACUGCUACUGGGUGCUGGCGAGUCUGGGAAGAGCACGAUAGUGAAGCAAAUGAAAAUCAUUCAUGAGGCAGGUUACUCUGAGGAGGAGUGUAAGCAGUAUAAAGCCGUGGUCUACAGCAACACCAUCCAGUCUAUCAUCGCCAUCAUUCGCGCCAUGGGCCGCCUCAAGAUCGACUUCGGAGACCCAGCGAGAGCGGAUGAUGCGCGGCAGCUGUUCGUUUUAGCUGGCAGUGCAGAGGAAGGAUUUAUGACCGCUGAACUGGCCGGUGUGAUAAAGCGCCUGUGGAAGGACGGAGGAGUGCAGGCCUGCUUUAGCCGCUCCAGAGAGUAUCAGCUCAAUGACUCCGCUGCAUAUUACCUGAAUGACUUGGACAGGAUAUCCCAGGCUACUUAUAUCCCCACCCAGCAGGACGUGCUGAGGACACGUGUUAAAACCACCGGCAUUGUGGAGACUCACUUCACCUUUAAGGACCUGCACUUCAAGAUGUUCGAUGUUGGAGGUCAAAGAUCAGAGAGGAAGAAAUGGAUCCACUGUUUUGAGGGUGUGACGGCCAUCAUCUUCUGCGUGGCUCUGAGUGACUAUGACCUGGUGCUGGCUGAAGAUGAAGAGAUGAACCGGAUGCAUGAGAGUAUGAAACUGUUUGACAGCAUCUGCAACAACAAGUGGUUCACAGACACUUCUAUCAUUCUAUUUCUAAACAAGAAGGACCUGUUUGAGGAGAAAAUUAAGAAGAGUCCGCUCACCAUCUGCUACCCAGAAUACGCAGGCUCCAAUACAUAUGAAGAGGCGGCUGCAUAUAUCCAGUGUCAGUUUGAGGACCUGAACAAGCGUAAAGACACGAAAGAGAUUUACACACACUUCACCUGCGCCACCGACACCAAAAAUGUACAGUUCGUCUUCGAUGCUGUCACUGAUGUCAUCAUCAAAAACAACCUGAAAGACUGCGGACUCUUCUAGACACUCUCUGAAGUCUGGUGCAGAAUUUGUCCAUUUUGAUGUGUAUUAAUGUUGGACUGCAGUUCUGAACUUGUGUUUGGAGAGCAGUUCUCCUGGACCAGUGCUGUACAUUGGGUCUCGUUUGUCCACUUUAUUUAUGCUUCUUUCUCGGGACAUUUUAAACAGUAGCACCUUUAAAAAGAAAAAAAGGAAAAAAAAAGAGAAAAUCAUCAGAUGUUUGUACAACUGUUGCUGUCACAGCCAUGCUAUGUUUUUGACCACUUUUUUUUUUUUGACCAAAGGACUUGUAUUUAAUCAUACUUUCCCUUUUUGGACAAGGUUCACUUUUGCUGGCAAUGUUUUUGUCCCCCGUCCUGGUGGAUAUUAAGAAAGGAGAGGAGGAUGUUUUUAAUCUGUCCAGUUUGUUGGGUCUUUGUGCCUUGGCAUGUGUUUCUGCAGUAUUUGUCUCAUGUUUGAAUUUUUGCUUGCUGAAUAUCUACCAAUGUCCAAAAUGUAAAAAAUCCUACUGCGUACUAGAACGCAAAUCCUACUCUACGUAAAAGUGUGUAUGAGCAUAUAUAAGUGUGAAUGACUAUAUGUGAGUGUAUAAAAGCAUGUAUGAGUACACGACUAGUUAAAAGUUUGAACACACCUAUGUAUGAUUGUACGAUUUUAAGUUUUUCUAAAGACAUUUUAAUCUACAGGCUUAUGCUUAAAGGUCUUUAAGUCCUAAAAUACUAAGAUAAAUAUUAAAAUUGAUUUCUAUGUAUGAUUUGUAAAAUUCAUUUUAAACUGAAUUUUUAUAGUUUUCAUUCAUUACUCAGGUGGAAAAUAGAGAUGGAGCCACAAUGAUUGUCAUCCUAAUUACUGUGUGUUUCCUGUUAAAAGUUAAGGAGUGGAAAAUCUGUUCUCAUCAUCGCAUUUCAUAAUCAUUUGUAUCGUAAUGACAAAGGGUGGGCUGUUUAUUCUGAUUCCAGGAACUGUUUCAUCAUUUUUAUGUCUUCAUUAUUAUUCUAAAAUGCAAAAAAACAAUUAAAAAGAAAGACAAACCAGAUUUAUGGGUAGGUCUAUCCAAACUUUUGACUGGUGGUGUCUAUAGGAGUGUGUAUGAGUGUGUGUACGUAUAUCAGAUAGGGUUGGCCCGAAUAAUUUGACUGCUCAAGUACUCGGUUCUCGGUUCUUUAUUUGGUAUCUGAAAGCCUCUUCUUCUUUAAAAAAAAAUAAAAUAGAACAGUUAUUUUUAUUAUAUGACAAAUAUAUUAAUUACAGCCUAUUAAGUUAAAUGCAUUAUAAAUUUGUCAUUUAUCCACAUCACUUUGCCUCAGCACAACAGACAUAGCUGCUGAAGCUAUAAGAGCAAAGAUGCCUCAGAAAUGGCACCUGUGGGAUAAGAAUAAUUAUAUGAUAAGAAAAAUGCUCAGUGCAAGAUUUGUGAUAGGAGGCUGGUGCACCAUGGAGGCAAAGCAAGUUUGAUGAAUCGUCUUAAAUACAUAAGUAUAGCGAUACUUAUGCGUGUACUCUGCUGACACCGCAGCUGACUUUAGUACUGUCAAAUUUCAUAUGAUUGCAAGAGCUGCCUUCAGGGUAGUCCUCCUUACAUUCAGACCAGCUUGUAGCUCCGAAGUGUCCUCAGUCCUCCGCUCCGCUCUCUGAAGCUCAUCUAUGACUGAGCUAAACUAGGCAUGUGUGUUGCCUGUACAGCUGCUUUCCAUGAUAAAGAUUGGCAAACUAUCCAAAUAAAGUAACUUGAUAGAAUACAACAAUAAUAAUAAUGAACUAAAACAGAACAAAAGCCACGAUCGUAAUGAAUGAAAUGAUUAUAAUAACUUAUUACACCCUUAGCAUCUAGAUACAUGACUGAAUUAAAACCAGAGUCAUUAAAGCUGUCUUUGAACAAGAGGACUGCAAUCAUAGAUUGUAUCCUAGGAACAUACAGCAGACUAUUAAAACAUUAUUGACAUCUACUGGAUAUAUUUUGAACAGCAUGUUCUGAACAUAUUUAAAAUUAUGUUUGAUAGUGAAAUGUAAAUUUUUAUUGUUUUCAAGGGGGAUUUUGGAAUACUCGAUCAGAAAUACCUACGAGUAUUUGAAGCCUGUAAAAUGCUGUUUGGACCAGCCCUUAUAUAAGAGCUUUAGGAGAGUGUGUAUGAUUGUAUGAGAGUGUGUAUGGUUGUAUGUGAGUAUGUAUGAGAUUGUGUAUGUAUGGCUGUAACUGAACAUAUGACAGUGUGUAUGACUGUGCAUGAGUGUGUAAGACUGUAUGUGAGUGUAUAACUGCAUGUGUGUGUAUGACUGUGUGUAUGAGUGCACAUGACUGUAUGUGAGUCUAUAUGACUGAAUGGGUGUAUGAAAUUGUGUAUGACUGUAGUUGAAUGUAUAUGUGUGUAUGCCUAUGUAAGUGCAUGACUGUAAGUCUGUAUAACUGUAUGUGAGUGUAUAAAAUACACUGUGUGUGCAUAUGGCUGUAUAUGUGUGUAUGACUAUGUAAGUUUAUGAGUAUGUAAUUGAGUCUGUUUGACUGUAUGUGAGUGUGUAUGACCUGUAGGUGUGUAUUACUGUGAGUGUAUAUGAUGGUGUGUAUGAUUACAUGCAUAAGUAUAACUGUCUGAGUGUGUAUGAUUGUAAGUGUAUAUGAGGGUGCAUAAGUGUGUAUGACUAUGCUUGUGUGUGAACAACAAAGAAAAGAUGGGAUAGAGUGGAUUGGAUUUGUGUGUGUGUAUGUGAAAAUAUAUGAAGUGUAUAUACUUGUGCGUGUAUGUCUCAUGUUGGAAACUGAGAGAUGGUCCCAAGCUCCAUGUCUCCAUGGCAACAAAACUAGAAAACGGAGAGCCAGUGGUGCUUCAGAAGGAGUGUGUUACUGACAGACACUGAGAGAUUUGAGGAGUGUGUGUGUGUGUGUGUGUGUGUGUGUGUGUGUGUGUGUGUGUGUGUGUGUGUGUGUGUGUGUGUGUGUGUGUGUGUGUGUGUGUGGGCGUGUGUGUAUAUGCACAUCUCCAUCCCAGUGGCCACAGCUAGCCGCCAUCUUACACACUCAUGCACAUACAUACAGUUACUGCUAAAGGAUCUGCAAAGGCUUUCAAGUGAAGACAAUGAUAAUGUUGAGGAUUAUAAUUGCCACCACUCUCUGUGUGUUCACUCUGUGUGAAAACAUUUGGAAACAUUUGUACACUCAUGUCCCUUAUUUUGCUAAUAAAAAGCAUUUACAACCCA